AUGGCAACACCUUCAGGAGACGAAAAACUUGACCUGGAGCGUGUCAGAGCAGAAGAGGAACUAAAGCCGUUCGAAGAGCAGCUUUUCAAUAUUCUGCACGAUUUGCUGCAACCCGGUCCGAUUAUCGAAGCUGCUGACGCUGCAGCAGAAAUAAAUGAUCUCUUCCCUCUUAAUGAAGAUGACCCCGAGGCUCCUGUUGAUGAGAGUGAUCCUGCAGCAGAUCCAGAUGCCUUCCUGUGGUCGCUGUGGGGGUUGAUCAUUCAGGUUAUGAGAUUAGUUCCUCCUCAACACCCUGGUCAAAUACGCAUGAUUUCUUUCCUGCAAGCACUAGGAAAGAUACCAACCAGAACACUGGAUAUUUGGGGUAGCGAGCAGAAUCUUUGGACAGAUUUCCCCAUUCUUCGGCCUUGUUUGAGGGACCAUCUGGAGUAUAUUGGGGAACCCGAUCCCGAUGGAAUCUCAGAGUGGAUCAAUCAAAACUCCUUCAUGGCCCGAAUCGUAGGCCAAGAACUCCUCAGCUGGGAUACCUUGAUCAUCUGGAUGUUGCGAGAUGCACUAGAAGAUGAUCUACCCCAAGAGCAAAUCGCUCGAGACUGUUACAUCUCCGUGGUGAGCGAAUGGAUCACGCAUGCCGGCCAGACGAUCUAUCGACAACUCAGCGACAAGGAGUUGAGCGAGCAGCAAAAGCGCGUGACCAGAGGCGGCAAGCUUUAUCAUGGAAAAGCUGGAUUAUGCGCCGAGAGAUGGGAGUUCUGGAAGCAGCGAGUCGGAGAGAUUAGCACGCUUGUGUCAGCGGAGCUCCAACCUAUUGCUUUGGACGCGGCGCAAAGAAUGAGUGAGAUUGAAGAAUUGGCGAGAAUUGCGGAGGAGAUGCGUGGAUGA